AUGCGAAGCAUGCCUGCUAGUCUCGCCGCGGUCGCCGUCUUUGUACUCGCCCUCGCCUGUGGCACCGGCUCAACGCUCUCUGCCAAGUUGAUGUACCAACUCGAGGUCACGAAUAGCGUGGGAGAGAUGGCGCACUACUCAAAGCCGGUGUUCAUCAGCCUCCUCGCCUUCGUCUCCCUCGUGCCGUUCUGGCCGCUGCAUUACAUCUCCCACUACUGCACCAGCGGCCUCUCCGUGGCGCCGAGCCCUCUGCCGCGUAACUAUAUCCUCAAGCUUGCGCCGCUCGCUUGCCUGGACGUAUUUGCGACGAUCGCGGUCAACGCUGGGCUCAUGUACGUGAGCGGGUCAAUGUACCAGCUGAGCGGGGCCACCUGCAUUGUCUUCGUCUCCGCGUUUCCGGGGCGGCAAUGCCCAGUCGCCCUGUGGGCCACGAACCUGUCCAUCUACUACCUCUUCUCUGAGGGCGAGUACGGCGAGCACUGGACGACCGCGUCCUGGUUCCAGCUCGUUGGCAUGCUCGGCAUGCUUUGCGGGAUCUACAUCUACAAUGGGCCGGCAGCUCCGGAAGCGCCCGCCGAUCCGAAGGACGUGGAGGCCGGUAACGACACCGCGGAGGUUAUCGACCCCUUCGGCCCGGUUCGCAUAGCUGUUUCGGGCCGCUCCUCAGCAAGGAGGUCGACGGUUGGAGGUUCCAGUCGCAAGACAGGCGCGGCCUGA